AUGGUACAUAGCUAUGAUAAACUGGAGACGAUGCUGACUUUUGCCAUACUCUCCUGGGUAACUUUGGUUCAGGGUUCCUGCAGUAGCUGUCCAGCUGGGACUUUCUGGAAUGGUACAGACUGUGGAAAAAACAAAAAUCAGGCUUGUAUCCCAUGCCCCCCAAAUAGUUUCUCUAGUACAGCUGGUGAACAGAGGAAAUGUGACAUAUGUAGGAAGUGUGAAGGUAUUUUCAUAACUAAGAGACAUUGUACUCCAACAAGUAAUACAGAGUGUGAUUGUACGUCCGGGUUUCAUUGUUCUGGAGCAGGAUGUUAUAGGUGUCAACGGAAUUGCAAGCAAGGUCAAGAAUUUAUAGGAAAUGGUUGUAGAGACUGUAGUUUUGGUACCUUUAAUGAUCAGACACGAGGGAGCUGCAGACACUGGACAAACUGCUCUUUGGGUGGACUAGUUGUCCUUGUAAAUGGAACCAAUAAACGAGAUGUGGUAUGUGGAUCCAUCAAAACAGAUGCCACUCUGAAUGCGGUCUCCGUGACAGUGCCCAUUUUUCUCACGCGUACUGAUAAGAACCAACAACUAGUCGCCUUUAUUCUGGCUCUGGUUAUGGCUGCAGUAUUUUUUGGGCUCUUCACCAUGUCGUGGGUCUAUUUUGCCAUCAGAAACAAAAAGAAACUGCCCUACAUACUCAAGCAAACUUUUAUAAAACCAGUACAGACGGCCCAAGAAGAAGAUGCCUGCAGCUGUGGGUUUCCAGAAGAGGAACAAGGAGAGCGUGAAAUCAUCAAAUUCCAAUCCGAGCUACAUUUGGAGCUGUUUUUAAAAGACUCAAAAUAA